GAAGAAGAAAGACAGAAGUAGGCGUUAAGACCGACGUGCCUGCCAGAUAACAAUAGUGAAGACGUGUUCCUCACUCACACUGAGUUUGGCCACCAAAAGUUAUCUCAGCAUCCACCAAGAUGGGAAUCCGAAAAAAGAACAACAAGAACCCACCGGUGCUCAGCCAUGAGUUUGUGAUCCAGAACCAUGCGGAUAUUGUGUCUUGUGUCGCUAUGGUUUUCCUGCUGGGUCUAAUGUUCGAGAUUACAUCAAAAGUAGCGGUUUUGUUCAUAACUGUGCAGUACAAUGUCACCAUUCCAGCAAAUGGGGGUUCAGAGGAAGCGGCUGUUAAUUACUUCCACUAUGGUCUAAAAGAUGUGGCCACUGUCUUUUUCUACAUGCUGGUGGCCAUCAUCAUGCAUGCCAUUAUUCAGGAAUAUGUGCUGGAUAAAAUCAACAGAAAGAUGCACUUCUCCAAAACCAAGCACAGCAAGUUCAAUGAGUCCGGUCAGCUGAGUGCCUUCUACCUCUUCUCCUGCUUGUGGGGAGCCAGUAUUCUUGUCUCUGAGAACCUCCUGUCCAACCCAGUCAGUCUGUGGGACAGCUAUCCGCACAUCCUUAUGCCGUUCCAGAUGAAGUUCUACUACAUCUGUCAGCUUGGCUAUUGGCUCCAUGCUAUCCCAGAGCUCUACUUCCAGAAGGCCAAGAAGGAGGAUAUUCCUCGUCAGCUUGUUUAUAUAAGCCUUUACCUAGUCCACAUCGCAGGAGCCUACAUUCUAAAUCUGAACCGGUUGGGCCUGGUGUUGCUGGUUCUGCAUUACUUUGUUGAACUCCUCUUCCAUUUAUCCCGACUGAUUUACUUCAGUAAUGAGGACAGGCAAACUGGGUUUACAGUGUGGGCUGUUUUGUUUGUGCUGGGCCGGUUGUUGACCCUUUCCCUGUCUGUUCUUACUGUGGGCUUUGGGCUCGCCGGAGCAGAGAAACAGGGUCUGAACUUUGCAGAGGGAUGCUUUAAUGUGCUGUUUGUUCGGGUAACUGUCCUGGCUGCUAUCUGUACCACUCAGGCUUUCAUGAUGUGGAAAUUUAUCAACUUCCAGCUGCGACGGUGGAGAGAACAUGCACAGACUCAUGGCUUAAAGAAGAAAUCAACUUCUUCCAAGAGCAAAUCAAAGAAAGCUAAUGGUGUGAAUGGAUCUGCCAGUGGAGCAGAUUCCCCCAGAGCAAGGAAGGAGAAGUCAUCAUAAACUAUCCCCAUUUCCAGCUUCUAUACUGGCUGAAAACAGCCUGAUCAUUCCCUUCUUUCCUCUCCAGCCCGCAGUUCGUCUUUAGCCCCUUUUUCCUUUCCCCUCUUGUUCACCUCAAAAUAACCUUGCAAUAUGACAACGUCCUCAUUCUGCUCCUUGAUUCUGUAAGAUGUCGAGUGCUGUAUUGCAUGAAUCCAUCCAAUUGUCAUGUCUAAUUGCAAGAAGGGCUUAAGGAAAAGUGGCUUUGGGUUAUUUUGGAGGGGGUCUUUUUUUCCCCCCACAUUCUUUUCCUGAGGGUCCAAAAGCCGUUGCUGUAUUUGCUUGAAGCUGCAAUCCACAAUCCGUAAAUCCAAACCAUGAUUCAGCUAUGUCUACAAAGAAAAUAUGAAAGCUGUGGGACAAAGUUACUUAUUACAAGUGCCUAACCAUACAUAAUUUUGAAAACAGAGUGGAAUAAUCCAGUAUUUUAACUCAAGUUUGAAAUCAGGGUUAUAUUUAAAGUUCUCUUAAAGUGUUUCUCUUUAGAGUCUCGCAUGUUUGUUUUUUUUUGUUGUUUUCUUUUUCCUGUGCAUUUGGAAAGGUAUCCGCUUCAUUUGUGUUGUGGUAUAAAAGCUUUCACUUUUUUUUUUUUUUUUUUUUUUUUUU